GCGGGGCUGCGCAUGCGUGUUGAGAGGCCCGGCGGUGGCGGCUGGCGGCGGCAGCUGUGAGGGCUUCCCGGAAGAUGGUGCUGAUUAAGGAAUUCCGUGUAGUUUUGCCGUGUUCUGUUCAAGAGUAUCAGGUUGGACAGCUUUACUCUGUUGCAGAAGCGAGUAAGAAUGAAACUGGUGGUGGAGAAGGAAUCGAAGUCUUGAAGAAUGAACCUUAUGAAAAUGAUGGCGAGAAGGGACAGUACACACACAAAAUCUACCACCUGAAGAGCAAAGUCCCUGCGUUCGUGAGGAUGAUUGCUCCCGAGGGCUCCUUGGUGUUCCAUGAGAAAGCCUGGAAUGCUUACCCCUACUGCAGAACAAUUGUAACGAAUGAGUACAUGAAAGAUGACUUCUUCAUCAAAAUCGAAACAUGGCACAAACCUGACUUGGGAACAUUAGAAAAUGUUCACGGUUUAGAUCCAAACACAUGGAAAACCGUUGAAAUUGUCCACAUAGACAUUGCGGAUCGAAGUCAGGUUGAACCAGCAGACUACAAAGCUGAUGAGGACCCUGCAUUAUUCCAGUCAGUCAAGACCAAGAGAGGCCCCCUGGGACCUAACUGGAAGAAGGAGCUGGCAAACACCCCUGACUGUCCUAAGAUGUGUGCCUAUAAGCUGGUGACCAUCAAGUUCAAGUGGUGGGGGCUGCAGAGCAAAGUGGAGAACUUCAUCCAGAAGCAAGAAAAACGGAUAUUUACAAACUUACAUCGCCAGCUCUUUUGUUGGAUUGACAAGUGGAUUGACUUGACAAUGGAAGACAUUAGGAGAAUGGAGGAUGAGACUCAGAAAGAACUAGAAACAAUGCGUAAGAAGGGUUCCGUCCGAGGCACGUCGGCUGCUGAUGCCUAGAUGAGCCCCUGUAGGUCAGAGACAUUAUCAAACUGUCUACGGAGUCAAGGCCAAGUGAGGGGGACCAGUGCGGCCUGCGACGACUGAAGCCACCAGCGUCUCAGUGUUGACGAUGUUUCCAGUGUGUGCCUCUGACGGCUCGAGCACACAUGUGCACACGCGAGGGCACACACACACACCCAUGCACACACACUCACACUGUAUGUAUGUCUGUAGCUGUAUGUAAAGCACAUAUGGCUACAGGCCUAGAUACACACGAGUGUAUAUAUAUAUAUGUACAUGUAAAGAUGGAAGGGAUCAGUACCUUUUCUCCAAAGUACUGCACCUGUCUUCAGCAAAAAUACUAAAGAAAAUAUUUUCAAUAUAUAUACCUGGAACAGAUAUUAAUAACCAUCAACAUGAUGCCCUGGAAGGACAAACGGACUGCCAUGUGGUGCCCGGUGGUGCUGGCUGGCGUGCUUCGUGAAUGCCAGGUGUGGACCAGUGUGUACAGCCUUUGGUUAGGUUUCUGUUUUUUUCAAGUCACCACACACACACAUUUAGUCUCAACCCAUCAGCAACAACUCCUACAGAAAGAUUUUUUCAAAUUUUUAGAUACUCCAGUGACUCUGGAAUGUAAACUCUGGAUGUAUUUAUAACUAUUUAUUUCUGGGUGGCCACUAUCUUCCAGCCAAAUCCAACAAUAUCUGUCAAGUAAGGAGUGAAAGCUCUUUAUUGGUUUGCCCGAGGGUUGGGGAUAUCCUUUUUUAAAAAAUUGCCACUUUUUAUUGGAUUUUUGUAUUUUGAAUUUCAAGUAUUUUUCUAUAUCAAAUCUAGCAAAAAACAGUGAUGACGGUUUGUGAUUUAUAAUAAACACUAGACAAUAUUCAGAUUCUGGCUAAGCAAACAGGGUGAUCAAGCAAUUAACCUGAGUGGCACUGCAGGCUGUGCAGAGCACUUCUGUGGAGUUUUGUUUCUGAAAUGGCUCUUCUGAAAUUACGGCCCGGAGACUGGAUGGUCUGUAUUGCUCUCAGCUCACAGUUCACAGGGUAGGAGAGUGGUCCCGCCCGGCUGUUUCCAGUUACAGUCUAAGCCAGGAGGAAAUGCUGAUGGGAGCAGGCACAGCUUGAGCAUGGCAGAGGCCUGUCCCCGUCCUGAGGCCCAGCUAGACCUGGGCCUUGCUGACAGCUCUGCUUCCUCCUCCUGUAUCCACGCCUCCUCCCCCUUCCUCUUCUGUCUCUACUUUCUCCUUUUUUUUUAAGAGAAAGGAGCAGUAGCUGGGAAGGAUUUUCUUUUUUUAUUACCUUUCUGUCUGAUGCUAUUCUCCUCUCGUCAGUCCUGGAACCCUGACCAGCAUCACACUGUUGAAUCCUUCAGGUUACACACUGCCUUUUAACCUCCACCCUGCAGUCAGAGCACGGUGGUGACACCCCUUUGUUGACAGGCUUGACCUUCAUGUCCCCUCUGCCCUGCCCUGUGUCCCAUGGGGGAAAUGGCAGAGAUCCCCACUGCAUCACACUGCCCUGUUAGCCUCAGCAACAAGCCCUGGGUUCCAUGUCCUCUAAGCUCAAGGUAAAGGUGGUUAUUCCCUGGGCACUGUUGGGAGCUGGGAAGGUCACCACCAGAAGGGUCACUGCCAGCCUUGUCUCCUCCAGUGAAACCAACUCAGACAUCCGUAGUUUCUCUGAGAGCUGGGGCACACAAGGAAACCAGAGCCCAGUAUGGACUCUCGUGUUGCUCUAGCAGCUGUGGAGGUCGAGGGAUGUGGUGAAUGCAAAGAACCCAGUUUACUUGGCAGUCUCCUGUGUAAAUCACAGUAAAACAAAGUGAAAUCGAAACAAGAAUAAAUUUGAUCUCAAAAUGCCA